AGGCAGCGUGCUGCCUGUUUACUCCUCCCACUGCUUCACAACACCGCUCCAUGUCGACCCAGUUUUUGCACUGUGUUGCGUUCAAAUAGUUUGGAAUGAGUUUUUAAAUGCACACUGCUUUGUUUUUACCAUUAUAUAAAAAUUAGAGAGGCAGAGUUUCGUCUCUGGUUGUUGUGGAGGGGUGGUUAUACAGGCACCAUUAAGUUAGCGUUAGCUUGGUAAUAUGUUAUAUAAUACCGAACUGAACUUGUAACUGUACACUACACUGUAAACCAGAACCGUCUGAACUGAUCAACUCGAACUGUUUUGCUCAAAAUUACAUUACAGGAGCAGAAACUUAAUGCGCUGCGCUGUUCGGUCUCAGUAAGUUACUAAGGAGAACGACGAUGUCAGGUCUGCUGGCUGAGAAUGCUGGAACAGGACAGGGGAGUCCUGUGAAAAGGAACAAACUUUCCUUGAAGUUCUUCCAGAAGAAGGACACAAAACGAGCUCUGGAUUUCUCCGAACCUCAAGCAGAAGAUGCAAAGACACUAGAACAAGAAGAUUCUCCAGCCAGCUGUGAUCAGGUGGUCUAUGGCCCCGCCCCCUGUCCGUCUUCACCUGGCCUUCCAAUCCCAUGUGAGAAGAGGGAGAACCUGGUGCCUUUUGUGGGUCUCAAUAACCUUGGCAACACCUGCUACUUAAACAGCAUCUUGCAGGUGGGUGAUUACUUCUUAGUUCAAGUUCCACAAAUCAAAAAAUCUCCUUCAGAAAU